UCUUGCUCGUGUGACGUUCUAAGGUGCCAUAGAAAUGGCGGAGUCGGAGGAGGAGGUGGACGUCUUAGUCCAGAGAGUUGUCAAAGACAUCACUAACGCCUUCAAGAGAAACCCCAACAUUGAUGAAAUUGGUGUUAUCCCAUGUCCGGAGGCCCGCUACAACCGGAGUCCCAUUGUGUUGGUGGAGAACAAGCUGGGUGUCGAGAGCUGGUGUGUCAAGUUCCUUCUGCCAUACGUCCACAACAAGCUGCUGCUGUACCGCCAGCGCAAACACUGGCUGGACAGGGAAGCUUUAGUGGAUAUCACCUGCACUCUGUUGCUACUUAACCCGGAUUUCACCACCGCAUGGAAUGUAAGGAAGGAGCUACUGCAGUGCGGAGUUCUAAACCCAGAGAAGGACCUCUACUUGGGCAAGCUGGCCCUCACCAAAUUCCCCAAGAGCCCAGAGACAUGGAUACACCGGUCUUCAGCUGUGAGACGCUGGGUGCUGCAGCAAAUCCUGCGUCAGUUCUCUGCUGUGGGCUGCAGCAGGAAGCAGCAGCAGGCCGAAGCAGAGCAGGCCGAUGCAGAGAGGCGCCAGCAGCUCAGUGACCAUCUGGCCAGGGCACUCCACCAAGAGAUGAAGGUGUGCUCUGAUGCUGCCUGCCGCUAUCCCAGUAACUACAAUGCCUGGUCCCACCGCAUCUGGGUGCUGCAGCACAUGGCCAUUGGCAACGUCAAGGUUUUCCAUGAUGAGCUGUCCUCUAUGCGCCUAUGGGUGUCCAUGCAUGUGUCGGACCACAGUGGCUUCCACUACCGCCAGUUCCUGCUCAAGGAGCUGAUCGCUGAGCUCGCUCAGACUCCAGAUUCCACUACCACCAGUUCACCCCAGCACAUGUCCAGCACAGCCCCCAGCAACAGUUCCGACCAUCACAGCCAUGCACAGGCUAACGGGGAGCUAUCGGGAGCAGAGGUUGAGGAGGAGCAGCUCAGCUUCACUAAAGUCCUUCAGCUCUUCCGCCAGGAGAUGGAGCUGUGCUCAGACCUGAUCCAGUCUUUCCCUGGACAUGAGACACUCUGGAGUCACAGACGGCACGUCCUAUACUUGUGGCAUCAUUGGAGGAGGGAACACCAGCACCACUGCAGCAGCAAUGGCGGCAGUGAGUCCGUCCACCUUCAUGACAGCAACCCAGGCCUGCCGACAGUCAGCGCUCAGAGCUGUGCAGGCCCGGCAGAGAGUGUGAACGGACAGAGGCAUGCUAGUGAAGUUAUGGAGGUAGAAGGGGUGUCCUUGCCAGACCCACGUGACAGUAAGCGACUGAAGAGAGGCGUCCUGCUGCCCGGCUCGCCCACCCUGCCCUCUGAGCACAGCUUUGUGAGUGGUAUUCUGGACAGCUGCUUUAACCCCGAGCAGAGACAUUUCGCCCUGGCAUACAAGAAGUGGUUAGACACGGUCAUUGGUCAGCAGCCUUGAGAGAGGGGGAGAGAGAGGGGGAGAGGGAACCGUCAGCCCCAUCCUUUCUCAACAUUGAAGUUGCCUUUAGACACAGAUUUAAGAUCAGUUUGCCUCCCUGUAGUGCUGACUUUAACUAAUAGAACUUGAGAUGCAGUGAAACCACUGAAACCAGUCAUGGAACAGCUGGUUACUGUCCUGUCCUCCUGACAAUGAGAAGAGAGGAUGUGGUCUUAGAGUAAGGAAGUUUUGGCGCCACCCACUCUGUUCUUCUUCAGAAACUUCUGGAUUCCCUCAAGCUUCAUCUGAGCCAGUACCCCUUCAGAAUGGAAAUCUGCACACGGUCUAUUGGCUCACUAGUUGUCUGUUAGUAGACUGUUCUUAUUUCAAGUGUCAGUGCCUCAGGUCAGAUUUGCACUGCUUUUUUAUUGCCAGUUUGGCAUUAAUCUCCACAUCUUACUUCAUUUCUGCUCAAAUAUUUCAGCAAACAUACUAAAUGAAGCUCCACAGGAGGAGGAACAAUGCCACUUCAGGGGUGAGAGCAGGGCAAAAUAUCCACUCAGUUUGACACAGUAUGGAAUGCCAAAGGAGCCAAAAUUAUAUAAAUUGUAUAAAUUACCCACUAAAUUGUGACAUAAUUCAUUACAACUCUAGUUAGUAUUACAUCAUCAUUUUUUUCAUAGUAAGUUUUAUUGGAGUUAAUUUUUAGUUCAGAUUUCCUCUUCAAAAGUCUAAAAGUGAAGUUUUUUUUUUAAGUUGUAUAGCUAGAAUGUGGGGGAAAUGAACUGGUACUAUACAAGUGAUGAUGUAUCAUUUCACAGUGAGUUGAGUCUUACUAAUUCCUCUGUGAAAAUUCAUUCAGUCCUCACAUGUUGGAGUGGAAAGUUUUAAGCACAUCCACACUCCUACUUUUCUGGGAGGUUCCUUAGAUUUCCAAUCUGAAGGUGGUACAAUGUCAGUUUUCUUUUGUUGGCCUUGUUUUCUGCUUCUGGUUGAUUUCAACCCUCUAGUUGUACUGGUGAAUAUACAGUAGUCAGCAAGUCCUAACUAUGUAGCUAAGUGCUAAGUUACAGUAGCUUGCAACAGAAAGCCAAAAAGCUAGUCGUUAGCUGAAAUUUAACAAGGUUGUGUUUGCUUUGUGAAAAGUCUUAUCUUCUGCCAACCUGACACGUUAAUAUACAAGCAGAGAAAUGUUAGGUUUCCAGUUCAGACUUUGAAGGACAGAGUGCUAGGGAAGUGACUUUCCCCAACAUUCACUGGUGCUACAUGUUGCUGUUACUACAACUACUUCAUCUGUUACAGGAAAAGGACAGCACUUUGGACCAUUUGAUGAUAAAAGGCAAUCAUUGUUUUGUGGGGUAUCAUUGCUAAAUGGCAAUAUUGCAAUAAUUUUUGAAAUAUUGUCUGUUACUUUGCACCAGGCUAGUUAACAGUAGGCCUCAGCGCUUUAUGUCACUACCUUGUAUAAAAAUUGACUUAUCAUCAAAAAGGUAAAAUUGUACAUUAUGUCUUUGUGUUCAGGAAUAAUUUAUAGCAUUACUUUAAAAGCUGCAACAUGCUGCAUUCAUCCCUUCAAUAAUGUAGAAGGUGAAAAUUAUGGCUUCUCCCACUACAUUGUAACACCUAUAAUGAUAAUGGAAGAAAGGUACUCUGAAAUAUGAAUCUAACAAAUCUGAAGGCAUCUGUAUUGCAGGUAGAAAAUGGAGGACUGCUGUUUGAACAUGAUCCAUCUUUGUGUUGCCCAAGGAUGGGUAGUUGUUGUUAAUAGUUGUUUAGCUCUGUCACUGACAAUAUUGGUACACAAGAGAAAAACUACAUGAAUUUACACGACAUUGUUGAGUCAGUGUAGCCUUGGACACACUAGCAUUCACUGUAUGUACUAAGCGGUCACAUCUAAAUGUGGAAGGAGCAUUGGCGCCCCAGCAUGCCCUCGAUGCAGUUUGGGUGUCAUCACAUAGAGGUUUGAUUGGAUUGGCUGCAAUACCUUGUUCUUCAAGACAAAAUGGCGGGUUUGAUGAGAAAAAGAAAUGCUGCAUUUGGUUUCAGUGUGCACAGAUUGGCUUGCCCAAAUUGCCUAGCAUCCCAUUACACAGUCCCCAUGUGCUGCCAUGUAACCCUUACCAUCUUUUACUUGUCUUCUCUUAGAGACCACCAUGUAAGAGUUGUGGAGAAAGAUGCUUCAUCACCUUAAAUCACUGUGUACAUGAUCAUAGAUAAUCUUGAAACUAGUAUUUUUGAGCCAUGUAUUCUUUAGGAUUGUUCAUCAAGAGUGGGUGCAUAUCGAAGCUGAAUGGUGGGGGUAUUUUAACAUCCUUGCAGAUGUAGAACACAAACUUUGAAUACAAGACUAUCUAUGCAGAAAUGUUUUUUUAAAGGUUCAACAAGCUUUUAAGAAAACAAAUAACAUAGCUUCUGUUUUUCUAAUUUAUUCCUUAGUUGUCUUGAGUGGAGGGCAUGUCCAUAAUCCCUAUAAUCUCAUUCAUUUUAUAUUUAUAGAGUAAGUCCAAGGAAGGUUAAAAUCAAGGGCAACAAUAGUGUUUUAUCUUAACUUUCAGUGUUUUGUCAUCUGCUCACCAAGAAAAUAAAGCUCAUUGGGGAUUAAAAAUAAAAA